UUUCUCUAAGUGUUGGUCGCUAUUGUCUCUUAUCAACAAAUAGGAGAAAGUUCCCUGAGAGAAAGAAACAAAUGAUAAAAUCCUAACCCCCAACAACAAAUGACAGCAAAGUGUAAUAACCGAACCUCAUAAUUUAACGAUGAGAUCACAAUUCCAUGGGCAUCACUCCAGGGAAAUCCAGCCUGCAUAGGUGUGCAAAGCUGGGGACCAAAGCUGCGUGACCCGCAUGUGCCAAAGGAAGGAUGUGAGCACUAAAGCCAUGUGGACUGAAAGGAUUUGGGGAGGACAAGGUGUUAGACAUGCCAAAGGAGUGCAAAAGGAACCGGUCAGUGAGCUUGGCUAAGGCAGCCCAGCUGCAGGCACGGGUUCAGGCAGGCUGGGGGCUCUCACAGCUGUCUGCAAAGCCACCUGGCAGCAGCUGCCCUUGCAUCCUGCUUUAUUUGUGCUCAGCUGGUGCCUUCCAGAGUGAUGUGACAAAGCAGAGUGGAAUGCCUUGUGUUCCCUGUGACUGGGAAUAAGGCCAUCAUCCCUCCACACAGGAAGAGCUGCCUGGAGAAGAGAGAGGUAGGAUGCGAAGCCCAGCACAUGCUGUUCCCCAUUUACCAGUUGAGGAAUCGAGGUGGCACAUGCCCUGCAAACAUCUCCACCAUGAACCUACACAGCAGUACAGAACUGGGCAAACAGCCAGGGCAGGAGCCAGACCUCCCCUUUCCCCAAAAUGCAGCCUGGACACCCAGAGCAUGGCCAGUGCUCUGCUGCUGGUGUCCCCAGGUGCCAUCCCAAGGGGCUGGAGGUGCCUGUGGUGCCCAGGAAGGCUCUGGGCAUCCUGCACAGGGAGAUACAGACUCCUCCAGCACUCAGGGACUCUUAUCACCCACCUGCAGCUGGGCCGAGGGAGGGGAGAUGCAGCAGACCCUGUGAUGUAAACAGGACUGGGCACUGCAGAACAGGAGGAAUUGCCAAAUUCGAGUUUUAGAUGAGGUCCUGCAUGAGCUGGCAGCUUCAGGGCAUGGGAGGUCAUUGCCCAGAGGAGGAGAGGGGGAAGCUUGGUGGGGUGGUACCCAGACAGACUUCCAGGUCUGCUGUCCAGGCCAUCCAGCCCCUCUGGACUGUGCCCUGCUCACUCAAACAAGCUAGAAGUGCUGGGAAAGCUCAGUCCAGCCGUGAGCAGAUGAGGGGAUCAUAGGAGUGGGAAGCAGACUAAAGACCUUCCAACCCAUCUCAAACCUGCUUUCCUGGAGCCAGCCUGCAGGCUGUGCAGCAGUGAAUCCUGUAUCCCUUCCUGCUGAUAUGCUGGCAUCCAGGAUGGAGACAGUAGAAAGUGAGACCCUGAUUCAUGAGGUGGCGGAGAUGAGUGGAAGAGCUGACGUGACUCUGGACCCAGACACCGCCAACCCCUUUCUCAUUCUGGCCAGUGACCAGCGAGGGGUAGGACGCAGGGACGAGUGGACCUUGCUGCCCAACAACCCCGAGCGGUUUGACACGGAGCCGUGUGUGCUGGGCACCCAGGGCUUUGCUGAGGGGAGACACUGCUGGGAGGUGGAGGUGGCCGGGGCAGGAGACUGGUGGGCAGUGGGAGUGGCCCAGGAGUCUGUCAGGAGGAAGGGGGUCCUCAAUUUUACGCCCCAGGAAGGGAUCUGGUCUGUGGGGCAGUGGUUUGGACAGUACCAUGCUUUCAGUGAUCCUGACUGGACCCCACUGCACCUUACCUGCCUCCCCAGGGCCAUCCAGGUCUGCUUGGACUUUACAGACAAGCAGGUGACUUUUGCUGAUGCUGAGACUGAAGCCCCAAUCUUUGCUUUCUGCUUGGCCUCGUGUGCUGGGGAGAGGCUGCGCCCGUGGCUCUGGGUGGGGAUGGACUCGUGGCUCAAGCUGUGCCCCUGACAGGGAGGAAACAUGGGGGGCGCAGCGGAGAGACUGGAAAGAUGAACACCAUCACCUUGGGUCUUGGUGCUAGGAACUGGGAGGGUCCUGCAUCCUGCUGGCUUCUCCUCAUGUGGAUCCUCUGGCCAGCAAGGAGAGGACUAGCAGGUCAUGGAAGUGGAGGCCACAGUAGAGACUCCUUCAUCCCCCCACCCCUCGGCUGGGACUGCAGGGACAACAGGGAGCACAGAGACUGGGUGCAGGGAGGAGCUUGGUGCUCGUGGUCCCAUGGCAGGGACCAUCACUGAGAGCCAGGGCACUGCAGAACUGCUCUGUAUGGAAAAUACAUGGCCAUGGAAAAUAUAGCAGGGUCCAGUUCCUCCAAGGGGGCUGGAGUAGUGCCUCUGGCUUUUUUCAAGUAAGUUAAAAAAACCCAAACACAGCUGGAUACUCAUGAUAACACUUAUCUUCCCCACACAUCCAGAGACUGUCCUUGCUUGAUGUGCACCAAGCACAUUUCUCGCAGCAGAGCACUGGUAGCAGUGCAAGGGCAGCAGUAGGGGCAGCCCAGGAAGGAAAGCACAAUGCUGAGCUGUGUCUGAAAUCCAUAGGAGAGGCAAUUCCCACAGCAUGUCCAUUCUCUGACCUUGCCCCAUCAAGGUCCCACCUCACAGGAUCCUGCUAAAUCCUGUCCUUAGGAGAGAAGGUGGAUGUAGGUGAAGGGGGACAUUACCUGUGUCCAGCCUAGAUUUCAUCUCCAAACACUUUUCUGGUUGGACCUUUAGUGCCACCUCUGUUGUCGUCGUUGUGGUGGCAUCUGGGCACAGGCAACAGUAUUGGUCUCCCUGCUCUACUCCAGAAGCUGCAGAGUUGCAGCUCUGGGUCAAGCCCAGGGGGUUUCUUAGCUCUGCCCUAAGCCUCUUCCACUGUGGUAGCACCAAGACUGGGGAAACUCAGGGAUCUCUGCUCCCAGUGAGGCACUUCCUACUCUCCAUGGGCAGUAGCCUCUGAGACUGUCCUGGUUUUGCUUGGGAUAGAGUUAACUUUCCUCUCAGUGGCUGGCAGAGUGCUGAGUUUGGGAUUUAGGGUGAGAAUAAUAUUGAUAGCAACAACCAAAUCAUCAAUCAUGGGGUGUUUACCCUACAUUUUCAGUGUCUCAUGCUCUGCCAGCAAGGAGCUGCAAAAAAGUUGGGGCGGGAACACAGCCAGGACAGCUGACCAGGCCAGAGGGACAUUCCACACCAUAAAACAUCCUGCCCAGUGUGUAAACUGGGGGAGCUGUUGGUGAGGGGCUGAUGGCUUCUGGGGGGCGGGCUGGGCACAGAUCAGUGGGUGCUGAGCACCUACACUGGGCAGCACUUGUUCCACUUGAGGUUUAUAUUUUUUUUUUCAUUACAAUUAUUAUUAUCAUUAGUAUUAUUACAUAUUACUUUAUCUCAAUUAUUAAACUGCUUUUACCUCAAA